AUGGCUGAUUCGUCGAGCGUACGCGGUGCUGGACCCAAUAAAUGUUGCGAUUCGGAGCAUCCAACGGUUGCUCCGUUGUCAUACAAAACACGAGGGAAGGAGGUUGCUUUAGCAAAUGGCGACCAGGCGUACUUAGUUUCUCCUGCUGGUCUGACUCCUGCAAACCUGGGUAUUGUGCUAGUCUAUGACGCCUUCGGGUUUGAAAUAGUUAACACUCGUCGCUUUGCUGAUAUGCUCGCUGAUCAGGCCAACGCCCACGUCAUUAUGCCUGACUUCUUUCGUGGCAAACCGUGGCCGUUGACGGACUUUCCUCCAAAACAACCUAGUGCUUUCAGUGAGUGGCUUGAGAAAAAUGGGUCCUGGAGUGUCGUUUUCCCCUUGUUACGUGCUGCUAAUACCUACGUCCAAGGUCUUCUGCCUGAAGGUGACCGCGAUAAAAUGGGCAUCCUGGGAUUUUCCUGGGGGGGUAAACAAGUGCUUCGUGCCUGCAGCGACAAGACCCUCGGGUAUUUAGCUGGGGUUUCUAUUCACGGAUAUAUGAUUACCCCUGAUGAUGCAAAAAAUAUAUCCGUCCCUUUGUUUUUUAUGCCCUCUGGCGAAGAUCCUCCUAUUGACCCCCUUAAGGCAAUUCUUGACAAACGACCCUUCGGGGAUAAGUGCAGGUAUUACACUUUUACCGAGGAGCGUCACGGUUUCGCGUCUGCACGCGGAGAUCUGAACGAUCAAGGCACCCUCGAAGCCAUAAAUCAGACAAUCGCAUUGGCGGCUGCUUUUUUUAAAGAAAAUCUACGGGAAGGCACUAGUGAUAGUGAAUGUAAUUAA